AUGUGAAAUUAUUUUUGUGUUAUUGCUUAUUAAUUUCUUAAUAUGUUUGAACUGAAAUAUACUAAGAAAAUUUAAGAAAGACAACUUAAAACUAAAAUUAAAUUUUGUGAAUUUGUCAGUAAUUGUUUCUCCAUUUGACAUUUCGGAAAAUUAAUCAGCAUAAAGCUUAAGCGAGCGUAAAAUUUUAUUUUUAUUUACAAAAUUUGAAAGCAUCGCCCACGUGUGAUGUCGAACAUAAACAAACACUUGUUUUGAAAUAAAUGUAUAUUAAUUUGUUUCUUUACAAACAAAAACAGCUGAUUUCGUUUAUAUUUUUCUUAGGUAUACAAAACAAUAAUGUUAAGUGUACCCAUAGAGGAAUUUCCGGAUGGACACGGAGUUCGACAAACUGAUAGUAUGUCGAAUAUAAGUGAUAUAUCCGCACAGACAGUUCAGACAAAUCGCCCAAAAAUGGAUGUGGCUUGUGUUAUGGAUAUAACGCAAUCAGAAAACUUGAAUGAACGGAAAUCUGCGUUAGAAGACAUUAAACAGGCUUGUUUUUCUGUUAACGCAAAUUUUCAAUAUGUCCAGUUUGACAAGUUAGAUUUUGGAGAAACAAAUGUCUUAGAAACUUUCUAUAAUGCAGAUGUCGUGAUAAUUGAUUUAAGUGUUUUGGUUCAACAAAGUUCCUUGUUUUAUCAUUUGGGAGUGCGUGAAAGUUUUGGUAUGAAAGAAAACAUCUUACUAUAUAAUGAUAAUGAUACUCAGCAUACUUUGCGACUCAAAAUAUCUUGUGAAAAUUAUACAUUUUUACCGUAUAAAAGGCAAGAAUGUGGGACAGUAAUGAUUACAACUAAAGAACAAACAGAAGCUAAAACAACAUCACUCAUCCAUAAAAUAAAGAAACUUCUUCAGGAUGUUGAAAUAACCUCGAAAGCUCACAUGCGCGAAAAAUUCUUACAAGAUUUGCGUGCAGCUAGAGAAGAACAUGCUGGUAAUUCAGAAGAAUUAUCGAGAAUAUUACAAAAACUUAGAAAACGUCUUGAUGAUCCUCAUGUGCUUUCUGGAGAAGUAGUUCACAGUUAUAUGUGCUCCCUGAGAGAUGUUCAAGAUUAUGACUCUAUGGUACAUUUAGUUAAUGAACUAAAAACUAUACCGCAUAAACGAAAAUAUGUGGAAACAGGAAAUAUGUGUUUUUUGUAUGCGUUUGCUUUAAAUAGAAGAAAUAAUGAAGGAGAUCGACAAAAAGCACUUGAAUCUUGUACAAAAGCUUUAGAAAAAAAAGAAAAUCGUUUUCCAGAUAUGCUGUGCCUUUGUGGUCGAAUUUAUAAAGAUCUGUUUGCAGAAUCUGAUUACACCGAUAAGAAUUGCCUUGAUAGUGCCAUAAAAUGGUAUAGAAAAAGUUUUGAGGUUCAACCGAACGAAUACGCUGGUGUUAAUUUGGCAACACUGUUAGUUAUUGACGGUAAAAGUUUUUCUGAUACAGCAGAGCUUCAACAUAUAGCAAUGGUUUUAAAUAAUCUUAUUGGGAAAAAAGGAAGUUUGUCAUCAUUAACGGAAUAUUGGGAUGUUGCAACUUUUUUUGAAAUUUCUGUUUUAGCUGAAGAUUACUCGAAGGCCAUUCAAGCUGCAGAGUGCAUGUUUAAGUUAAAACCACCGAAUUGGUAUUUAAAAUCUACUGUUGGUAAUAUUACUUUGAUUGAAAGAUUUAGAAAACGUUCUGAAGAUCAAAUUCAAACCCCUGAGGAGCAAAUAUUUCAGUUUUGGAUGGAUUUUUUUUUGGAAGCCAUUGACGAUACUGAUGCGUACAGUAUACGUUAUCCUAUAUUGAUAUAUGAACCACAAAAAAUAUAUAUGCCUAGUUACGUUAACGUAAAUAUAGAUGCAGACGAAAAAAGUAUUCAAAUUAUUAAUAUGUGUGCUCAACAUUCAAAAGGAGUUUGCAAAAAAGUUCAUGACUUUUUAUUUAUGGCUGAUCAAAUUAAAUCCGUCAGUUUAUACAAACGUGAUGAAAGAUGCGCUUAUCUUUACGUUCACCAUAAUUCUGAUGAUUUUCAAAUGUACUUUCCGUCUGUUCAAUGUCGCCAACGAUUCUAUGAUCUUAUUUUGAAAAUGACAGCUGACCAAAAAGUUUUUGUUGAUUUGUCAAUAGAUGAAACUCAAAUACAAUAUGAGUAUGAUUUCGAUGAUCAAAAUAGAAAAGUCAUAUUAGGGAAAGGGUCAUAUGGGGUUGUAUAUGCUGCCAGAGAUUUAAAUACACAGGUACGAAUCGCAAUAAAAGAAGUGCCAGAAAAGAUUACGCAUGAUGUCCAACCUUUACAUGAAGAAAUCAAAUUACACUCUCAAUUACGGCAUAGAAAUAUAGUUCAGUAUCUCGGAUCUGUUUCUGAAGAUGGAUUCUUUAAAAUUUUCAUGGAGCAAGUACCUGGAGGCUCUUUAUCAGCCUUAUUAAGAGAAAAAUGGGGACCAUUAAAGGAUAAUGAGUCAACUAUUGUGUUUUAUUCUAGACAAAUUCUAGAAGGAUUGAAAUAUUUGCACGACCAAAAGAUAGUACACCGCGAUAUAAAAGGGGAUAACGUUCUUGUUAACACUUAUAGUGGCGUCGUGAAAAUAUCUGAUUUCGGAACUUCCAAGCGAUUAGCUGGUAUAAAUCCAAUUACAGAAACUUUUACAGGCACGCUUCAAUAUAUGGCACCAGAAGUUAUAGAUCAAGGUGUAAGAGGUUAUGGUCCUGCCGCCGAUGUUUGGUCCUUUGGCUGUACUAAUGUUGAAAUGGCUACCGGAAAUCCUCCAUUUAUAGAACUAGGUUCUGCUCAAGCAGCUAUGUUUAAAGUUGGUUAUUAUAAAAAGCAUCCGGAGAUUCCUUUUGAACUCUCUCCUUUAGCAAGAAAUUUCAUAUUAAGAUGUUUUGAAGUGGACGUCAACAAAAGGGCUACGGCAAGUCAACUUCUAGAAGAUCAUUUUUUGUCAGAACACAGAAAAGCUCGCCCAUCAGUUGCUGGAAGUAAUCCAGAAUUAUCAAGAAGUACUUCUGUACCAAUGGAUCGUUUAAUACAUAAGAAUAUCAGUUCCGCAAUGUCGUCAACGAACAUUUCAUCACCUUCAACACCAGAUGUGGACAUAACAUUUAUGUCAUCUUCAACAAAUUCAUCCCUAUUUAAUAAAACUAAAACCAGAGGAUAUAGCACGGGGCUACCACCAAUCCAAAUACCAAAGUUGGCUUCUAAUACAAGUCUGAUAAAUACCCCAAGUAUAGAAGCUGAGUCAGAAACAACCGCAAGUUAUACAAGGCGAAACUCUUCUGGAGUAAUGUUGUCACCUGAAGUUGAAUUAACUGGAACGUCUUCCUCAAAAUCUAAUUUAACUGAUACCAGUGAAAGUGAUGGGUUUUAUUUACUCAAAAAGGAUUCCCAAAGACGUACUACUCUAUCUAAAGUGUUAGCUUUAGAUGAAAUAAAAAUUUGUGAUGUUUGGAUGGAAAAGAUUGAAAAUAAUCAUAAUCCAGUUGUGAUUUCAAAGGAACAUUUGGAAAUUAUAGUACGUGCAUUACGGGAAUACAUAAUUGAACAAAAUGAAAGAUUAUUAGAAGCAGCCAUGAGCGAUUUAAAAAAAAAUUUAGAUUUCGAUUCUACUGCUAUUGAUCAUGUUCAUCUGGCGCUUUAUUCAUUUCAAGAUGCAGUUGUUACCGUUUUAAGAUCACAUAGUAUCAAACCACAUUGGAUGUUUGCAUUAGAUAAUUUGGUAAAAAGUGCUGUACAAGCUGGUAUAAAUGUUUUAUCACCGGAAUUAGGAGCAAAUCUUGCCGGUGAAGAAAUUAUAGGUUCAGCUGAAGAUGACGAAAAUGAAGAAAUGUCAACAUCUGGCGUUAGUACUGUAAACUCAAAAAGACUGCAACCGAAACUAAUGGAGGCAAAAAAAUAUUUAGUAACAGAGGAAUUAAGUCACCUAAGAUUAGAAAACGCUCGAUUAUUACAGGAUUUAAUACAAUGUCAAAAGACUUAUCAAAAUUUAUUAAAAUCAACAAUUGAAGAGCAAAAUUUAAAUUUACUUGUGCUGAAAAAUUUUACGCAGCAAAUGUCGUAUUUAUCUGAUUCAAAGAAUCGGAAUUCAUCUAUAGGGUAUCAUAGUCAAGAGUCUAACGAUUUAUUAAAAGCACCGGAAAAUGCUAAUAAUGUUUCAACUAGUCCCGGUGAAAUAUCUGCUACAUCUUCGACAGCCUCAUAUAAUGAAGUUGAUGGACGUAUAGCGACUUCAAAUAAUUUAAAUUUUACUAAUACAGCACAAAAUCCUCAACAUUUAUGUAUAAAGCCUUGUGUAAAUCAGUCUGAAUUAUUUAAAAAUGACCAAGAAUUAAUUGAAUGGCUAAAGAGACAUUAUUUUAAUACGUAUGUUAUUAAUAAAAUUCUUCAAGCAGAUUUUACAUACGAAAAUUUUAUAUGGUACACUGAGAGGGAUGAUUUAAAGAGAUUUGGAUUAAGGCUUGGUGACGAAAUUAACCUUUGGAGGAGAAUAAAAGAGGAGCGUUGCGGCAAAAAGCAUAAAAUCAAAGAUAAUAAUGAUCAAGUCAAAGUAAUGAAAAUUGACAAAUCAACUAGUCAUGACAACACUAAUGACAUUCAAAAAUCAUCCAGUUUUACAUCUAAUUAUGCAAGUGUAGAUUCGUCAGAUGAAGUUGCUGGUAGCGAUUACGAAUCAUGUAAUGGAUUAGAAGAAAAAUAAAAUAUUCAAAUCAAUUUUGCUAAAUAUAGUAGAUAUAUAAUUUUUAUAAUAAAAAAAAUUAACAAUAAC